AUGACCACUGCCGACAACCAAAACGUGUUUCUUCCUGGUAGUGGGUUUUGGGCGCUGACCACAGCGAUCAACAUGAUUAUUGUCUGCCUCACUUUGCUUGGUAACGGCACCGUCAUCGUAGUCAUGAUAGCCAGACGCCAGAAGUUCAGCUCCUCCACAAAUCGUCUGAUUCUUCACCAAUCUAUCAUUGAUGCCAUCUCUGGCCUGAUUUUCUUUUUUCUUCGAAUAGUGAAGAGCUCAAAUCUUCACGUUUCUGAGAGAAGCAACUUCCUAGAUCAGCUGGUGUGCCGUUGCUUUGACAAAGAUACCCUGUUGUGGUGGGCGUACGGUGCGUCCACGUACAACUUCGUCUUCAUCUCACUGGAGAGAUUCCUGGCCACUUGCUACCCGGUCAAGCACCGCAACAUGGUGAAGAAGCAGAAGUUGAGGAUAGCUAUCGGCAUUGCUUGGGCCAUUGGCUUCUUCUUUGCGUUGCCUAUGGUGUUCAAGUCGAAGCCCAUCGGAGGCCGCUGCCAGCAUGUUAACUUUAUAGGGGCUAUGCAAACUCUUCUGGACUUACUAUCGAUUAUGAUCAAUUACUUAAUUCCCCUAGGUGUCCCUUUCUUCGCUUACGUCAAAAUUUUCGUCAAACUCAAGAAGGGGCGUGACCACUCACGGACCAACUGUGGACCAGAUCGUCGAAGUCGGGCCAAAAAGAAUGUACUAAUAACGAUGCUGGUGACCAGCAUCUUGUUCGUGAUCUGCUGGACGCCUCGCUCGUGUGGCGUUAUCAUCAGGAUCCUAACUCGUGGUAGUGGUACAGCCUUUUCGAAGACAGUAUACCGAGUAAUGACAAUGUUGGUCGCUUCUAACAUGUUCGUAAAUCCCAUUGUGUACUGCCUCAUGUACAAACAUUUUCGAGAUCAGCUGAAAGACCUUCUGCUGAAACGACUUCGACGCAACCAGGUGCACAGCGAGCAGGAUGCCAUGACCGCAGCUUCGCAGUAA